AUGCCGCCACCUAACAAGAAGGCUGUGAUCUACGAAAGGCUGGUGCCCGCUGAUUCACUAGAGAAGUCCACGGGAACGCUCACGGAGCGCAUCCAUUGCUUCGACGUGGCGCAGCCGGAGGUGGAAGAGAUCUUGGAGCACUUUGGACCCUUCCCGGAUGUGCCUCGUUUGGUCGAGGUCAAUGCCAUGAGCUCCUCAGAUGAGACCUUCGAAGCGGUGGAGGAGAAGGUCGCGCUCCUGCUUCAGCGCAAGCGGGCGGAGAUCGCACAGGCUGAGGAGGCAGCUCGGGCUGCACAGGCCACUGAGGAGGAGGCGGCUGCCCCAGUGGAGCCCGAGACGGCCGACGCCGACCACGCCGAUGCAGCUGCAGCGGCUGCGGAUGCGGCGCCGGCAGAUGCGGCGGCGGAUGCGGAUGCGGCCGAGAACACGGAUCCACCGCCCGAGCCCCCGUUCCAAGCGGUGCAGUUGAGCGAGUUGCCCAGCUAUGUCGGGAAGAUUGAAGAUGAAGUCUUCAAUCUCCUCAUGGAGGAGUGGUCGGAGUUGCAGGGCGACUUGGUGAGUUCGCUGCAGCAGCUCUUCAAUUGGCACCGGAGUCAUCUGGCGGAUUUCAAGAGCGGCCUCUUCGGAAUGAAGCAGCGCUUCUCGGAGUUCGUGCAGCGCAGCGACGGGAAGCAGGACAUGGUGGAUGACUUCGUGGAGCGCUUCAAUUUGUUCACCGAGGAGUAUCCCGAGAUGCGGAAGCAGGAGCCAACGAAGGCUGAGCUGCACCUGAGGGCCGAGGAGUUGCAUCAGCGGCUCAAGGCCGAGGUGGAGAAGCAGUCGAGCGAAAACCUGGAGCAACUCGAGGUGAUGCAGACCAGCCGUUGGUUGGAGUCGCAGACGGAAGUUCUGGCGUCCCAGGUGCAGCAUGCAGUGCAGUUGGAGGUGAAGAGAUACCAUGCAUGUUGUCAGCUGCUUUCGGACUUCUACUACUCCGCGUUAUGUCUGGGUUUGCCGGAGGAGCACGAGGCCCCGCCGAAGGUGGAUAUCUUCGCCCCUCCGGAGCCGGAAGAAGUUCCGGAUCCCAAGAAAAAGAAAGAUGACAAGAAGAAGAAGCCGGGGGAUGCACCAGAGGAGCCGGAGAUCAGUCCGGAGGAGAAGGCGGCAGCACGGCUUUGCAAGUACAUUCCAGACGAGGAGUCGGGCGGCGAGGGCCGCUGGGAAUUCCCUUUCCUCGCGGAGUUGAUGGAACAAGCCAGCAAAGCGGUGUGGAAGUUGGAGGAUUUCACGCCACCAUCCAUCGAGGUGCCAGAGGAAGAGGAGAAGGAAGAUCCCAAGGCGAAAGCCAAGGCCAAGGGGAAGGCCAAAGCCAAAGAGAAGCCGAAGAAGGAGGAAGAGGACAUGGAUCGGAGGAGCCGUUGGUUGGAAAGAGCGGUGAUUUCGAUUGCCGUGCCACCCAUGGACUUAAGUCCUUUCUACCCCAGGCAGAGAAGCCCCCCCCCGCAGCCGGCGCCCGCCCUCUUCGUGGACUUGCAGCAGGCGCUGCUGGCGGAGCGCGUGACCUUCCGGCAGCGGCUGCAGAUGAUUCAGGGCUGGGCCAUCCGACGGCUGCACCAGGCUGCGAGCUCCACGAAGAGCACCUUCCGUGACUUGAACGACUGGAUCUUGCUGCGGAGGCACAAAGACCUGGAAGCCGUCGCGAGCCUGGUGGAUGUCUUGAAGGAACAAGUCGAGAGCGAAGACUUCAUCAAGACCAAGCUGUGCCUGAAGAAUGCGCACUUGCACCAGAGGCCCAACACCCUGCUGCGGGCGCCGAAGCCUGAGAAGGUGCCGCCGGAAGUGGAGGGUGUGGCGCCCUUCCGUUGGACGAUGGAACAGCUGGACCUGCUCUUCGAGGUGGUCGCCAGCGCGGCGGCCGCCAUCUCUCCCAGCUGCAGGGUGUUGCCCAACUACACGCUCUUGCGAAUCUUGGAGCAGCUGACCUCUGCAGAUGGCGGGGACAAGCGCACGGUGAAGGUGCCAGCGAACUGGCGGAACUGUGGUGAGGCCAAGUUGAAGCAGAUGCUGGCGGCCUUCGAUCAUCCCUAUUCUGGAAGCUGCAUCGAUCUGGUGGACUUCCUCUUCCACAUGCUGCUUCUCCACAGCCCCGUGGGGUGGCCCUCCUUGAACACCCUCAUGGAGGUCCGAAGGGUUCUGGAAGCCCAGGCGCCUCGGGGUGCCAUCUGGCCAGACUUCUACGUUCCGGGUCACGUGGUGGAAUCCUUGCCCCUCUUCGAAGAGAGCGGCGAGGAAUCCUUUGCCAAGAAGUUCAAGCCCAUCACAACUCUGGCGCCCAACAUGUUCGACCGCCCGGGAGCGCAAUUGAAGUGGGUGGCCAAAGUGCUGCAACGCUAUCGAGCACCCAGUGGUGAGCAUGAGGCGUGGAGUGUGGAGGUGGCGUGGUACGACUACCGAGUCCAGAGACACGAAGACUCGGAACGGCUGGUGGAGAUGUUGGACGAUGUGAGGAGUACGCCGACCGAUACACCUAGGCAACCAGUCGACAACAUCCCAGCGCUGCUGGGGCACGAGGAGAAUGAGAACCCAGACGAUGCGGUGUCCACAGGUGGACAAAGCACCUGGUCCACCGGGCGGCCGGAGAAGCCACGCCCGGAGGAGCCCGCGCCGGUGGAUCUGCCAGAGGACCACAUCUCUGUGAGGCAGUUGAUGGCCUACCUUUGUCAAGGGACGACCACUGAAGAGGGCUUGGCUCGCGCUUUUGCGGUGCUCUCCCCCAGCACGGUGGUAGCUUCCAACACCUUGCCGCUGGAAACGGCCCACCGCACCAUCUUCUCGCUCGGCGCACGGCCCCUACCCGGCAGCAGCUCGGGCGACGGGCGGCCACCCUUCCCGGCGGUGCAGAAGUUCAGCGAGGAGCUGGACAGCAAGUACGACGGCAACACGAAGGCCACCGCGGCGGUGGGAAAGACCGAGGCCUUUGAGUUGAUCAAAGCCUUAAGCCUCGGGCGAAGACAUCGCCGCGCCGAGGUAGAGAAGAUCUUCCCGAAAGUGAAAUGA